AUGGUUCGAAGGUCUGAGAGGAAAAGGGUUGAGGUAAAUUGGUCACCUUUUUUGAAAGAACCAAUACAAGGGAGAAUUACAAAAGAACAACAGAUAUAUGAAUAUUGCACUAGGCGGACCAAUCAAGCAGAGGGUGAAGAGUGUGUUGUUGAGAUGUACGAUUACUACUUAACUAGGGUCGAAUGCCAAAGUCUUGGUCCUAAAAAAUGGAUAAGUACAGCGGUCAUGAGCAUGGUCGCAAAAGUGAUGGUUGGUGAGCAACUUCACGAAGGGAAGGUACGGAGGUACAUAUUUGAUUCAGAAUUUAUGGCCACCCUAAGGGAUAAAAAGUUAAGAUGGUCUGUCUUUGAGGAUGCAAAGAUGCUCAUGCCCGAUCAACUUGGAUAUAACCUUGGAAAUUGUGAUUACCUCUUCUUGCCUAUGCUUGUGUUCAAUCACUGGUUUUGUUAUUGUGCUGAUUUGAAAAAUGAUAAAUUUUUCAUCCUUGAUUCAUUGGCUGGGAAGUUAUUUAAAGAGAAGAAGAUGAUGGCCGGAUUUAUGAGAACUAGCAUAAUUGAGUUGUUACAAGCAUGUGACCCGGAGAAAUAUGGAGAGGAUUUUCAGAUGGAGAUGAUAUUUAAAGAACUUCCCAAACAGAGUAAUGUAGAUGAUUGUGGGGUAUAUGUCAUAAAGUACUGUACAGAAUGGGAUGGUAGAAGAAGAAAAGGAGGACUGACCAUGGAGGACUUUUCAAACGAACAACUAAGACAGUUUAGGGUGGACAUGGUGUGGUGGCUGGUAAAUCACAUGAGAAAUGAAGUAAGAAAUGAAGUAUUUGCCUCUGUCUCAGCAGCUAAUCGACCAAAGAGGGCAAAAGAGUGUAGAUGA